AUUGAGCCGCAAAACUUCAAUCAGACGGACAAUUCAAUCUCGAUUUGCGCCGCAAGUCCUCAUCACUGCGUCUCACUUCGACAUCAGAGAUUUUUAUGUGUGCUCGUUGAAACUAUCUUCGUCUCACCAGGAAGAUUUCUGCAGGUAGAAAAUAUGGAGGAGGAUGAGAAUCCAACAUUUUUGCCACCAGCCCCAAGGCGGAGACUAGAAGGAAAUAAUGCAGCAGGAACAUGGAGAGCUCAGGCAGCAACCUUGAGCGCUCUCAACCUGGAUUCAUCCGAUCAAUCAAGUGAUGCAUCUAGACCAGCCUUUCGCCCUUCGCAGCAUCAUUCUGCUAGAGGUAGCAGGGGCAGGGGCCGCGGAGGAUUUGGAAGUUUUUCAAGAGGCUCAUCGGUGCCAAGAGAUUUUCAAAGCAGAGGCAAUUCCCAUCAGGCAAGAUUUGACCAAAAUUUUGUUGAAACUCUUCAAGAGCUGGUUGACCUACCAAGUUCUCAGGUCGUAAGCAAACUUGCUGGAAAAAGUGAUCAAUGGGAUGAAUUCGUCAAGGGAGACCUGACUCUGUCCAACUUUCAACUUGUUCUUCGAGUGCUCCGAAAAGUGUGCGAGUCGGAAUUUGACAAACACAAGGCCAUGCUGGUGAAUCAAACCUGUCAUCCUGAUUUCCUGAACUGUUUUCCCACAAUGUUGCUGAACGGUUCAAUGCAAGACAGCUCUACUUUUACACAGGUGGCGGAAAACAUUGCACUUUUCUUCACGACUCUAGUGACCAUGCUGCCAAUCACAGCAUCAGGACUUACAAAAACGGUCCAGUGCUGUUUGCUUAGUCUAAGUGGCAUCAGCAAUCAGGAUUCUGUGCCAGUUUCAUCAGAGUUAUUGGAAAAAUACAAAAUUUUGCUUGGAGACAUUGAAGCUCUGCAAGUGAAUGCUCCUAAGAAGCAAACUUUCCAUGACCGGCGAAAGGAGCAAGUGGAAGAAAUGAAAUAUGAGCAGCCACCUAAUGACUUCAGGGAAAUCAGCAUCUAUCCAACAUACGAAGAUAUUGUCAACCCAGAAAAGCCUUUUUUGAGACCCAAUGUGAUCGACGGGGCCUACUUCAAUGUUGAUCACUAUCUAGACGUUCAAUUCCGUCUAUUGAGAGAAGAUUUUGUCAGACCUCUCCGAGAAGGUGUGCAGGGCAUCCUGAAGGGCACCGUCAGCAGGAAAUGUGAAUCGUUGUCAGUAAGAGUCUACAAGGAUGUGCAGUUUCUGGAGUAUGUGAGAGAAGUUAAGGGAGGUAGAGUGGUCAGUGAGGGCACUUUGCUAUGUUUUGAUACGUCAAAUGGAAAGCGCUCACAAAAAACAGACUGGGAGCAGACAAAGAAGUUCAUGCAUGGCGCCCUUCUUUGCUUCACGCAAAACUGUUUCCAGACGCUCCUCUUUGCCACAGUCAGCAGCCGUGAAGUCAAGUUCCUAAAGCAAAGACAAAUCUUGGUCAAAUUUUGCCAGAAUUACAAGGAAAACGUUUUUGAUAACAAUGCAAAGUAUAUGAUGGUUGAGAGUGAAGUUUACUUUGAGCCAUACUAUCAGGUGUUACGAUCUUUGAAAAGAUUAUCUUCCUGGAACUUCCCCUUCCCCGAGUAUUUUAUUGAUGUGGAAAUACAUGAUGAUCCUCCAAGAUAUUUACUGGAAAAUGAGCCUAAUGUUCAGAUUGAAAUUGAAGGUGCGAAACGGUCACACCAGGUAACAAUUUUAAAUGAAGCAACCUGGCCAAGUGCCCACCAACUGGGCUUGGAUGAUUCCCAAUACGAAGCCCUAAAAGCUGCCUUGACUAAAGAGCUCGCUGUGAUCCAAGGGCCACCUGGAACUGGCAAAACCUUCAUGGCUUUAAAGAUUGCUGAAAUUCUGAUUCUAAACAAAAUUGCCAUGAAUAGGAAAACUCCUAUUCUUGUUGUCUGCCUCACAAAUCAUGCCUUAGACCAGUUCUUAGUUGGAAUGCUUAAGUUCACUAAGCGCCUAGUACGCAUUGGUGGUCAAUCAAAGUGUAGAGAGUUAGAUGAUUACAAUUUGAAGCAGAUGUUCAUUCCUCGGUCGAGGCCAAAAGAUCAAUGGUCCAUCCGAGAGAAGCUGAAAAAUUAUUAUAACGUUCUGUUAAAACUUGACGAGAACAUUGCUGACUUCAGAGUGGCUGUUGAAUUGAGAGAAGGAAUUGUUAUUCCUGAUAAUCAUGGUUAUGGAAUGAGAAGAAUCCCUCCAGUAUUGCAUUCGAGCAUUGUCUCUACAUUAGGAUUAGACUCUCGCUACUAUUCAUUCAGGGAUUUAAGAAGGGAAAUAAAGCAUUAUUGGACGGAAAAAUGCCUCGAGGAAAUUAAAAUGAAUGAGCAUAUUUCACAUGAGAGCAAACAGUUCUACACCCAACAAGUUAUAGAGCAGGGCCAAUAUUUUACCAAUAUGAUCAGCUAUUUGGAAAUGGGUGCUGCUGAAGUUGAUGCUGAUUUGAGUCGAGGAAAGAAUCUUGCUGCAUCCAAUAGCUGGGCUAAACUAAGAAGCACGAAUAUUUCUGAUCUUUGUGAGCUUCAUUACUUUUUUCUUCACCAAGUGAUGUUGGAGCUUGAAGAGCAGAGGACACGGCUCUUACAAUGCAUCAGCGAAGAUAAGGAAAUCCUAGAUGAGAUGCAACUUAUGGACAAAAUUAAUGCACUUGGUGAUCAAGAUGUCAUUGGUCUGACAACCACUGGAGCUGCUAGGCUGCACUCCAUGCUGAGCACAUUGGGUUGUCAAAUUGUCAUUGUCGAAGAAGCAGCCGAAGUAAUGGAAUCUCACGUUGUGUCCUGCAUCUCAAAACAAUGUGAACAUCUAAUUUUGAUUGGUGAUCACAAGCAACUCCGACCAAAGAUUUCAGAUUACGAGUUGGGAAAGUUUUACAAUUUUGAUGUGUCCCUCUUUGAAAGAAUGGUCAUCAAUAGGAAAGGGUGCAUCACCUUGCAAGUUCAACACAGGAUGGCACCCGAGAUUGCAAAGCUUCUUGUGCCUACGAUUUACAAAACGCUGGAGAACCACCAUAGCGUGUAUUGCAGACCAAAUUUGAAAAGCUUGACCCAAAGGCUUUCAUUUGUCACCCAUUCUGAACCUGAGCACCAGGACAAGGAUAAUUCAAGUAGAGCAAAUCCUUACGAAGCAUCCUUUUUGAUUUCUCUCUGCCAACAUUUGCUCAAACAAGGUUACGAUCCCAACCAAAUCACAAUGUUGACUACAUACAAAGGACAAAUGUACCAAAUGAAAUCGAUGAUCAAAUCAAUUUCGCCAAGUGACGAGGGAAACAAAUUAGCCAACGUCCGAGUCUCUGUGGUUGACGACUUUCAAGGCGAAGAAAGCGACAUCAUUCUCCUCUCACUGGUCAGAAGCAAUUCGGAAGGAAGAAUUGGUUUUUUGGCAACUGAGAACAGAGUCUGCGUCGCUUUGUCCAGGGCAAAGCAAGGUAUGGUCAUUAUGGGAGACAUGGGAAUUCUCUCUGCAAAAAAUGCAACUUGGAAGAGCGUGCAAAAGUCCAUUCUGGAUCAAAAUGCCUUGCAUUCGUCUUUGACGCUUAGAUGUGAAGUUCAUCCAGACUUCAAAUUUGAAGUAAAAAAUCCUUCAGACUUCCAACAACUUGCUCCUUAUGGCGGCUGCAACCAGAUUUGUGAAGACCAGCUUGACUGCGGCCACCCUUGCAAUUUUGUGUGCCACUUGAUGCAAAUCAAGCAUGCAGACAUUAAAUGCGAACUACCUUGUGAAAGGAAAUGUGACGCUGGGCUUCACUCUUGCAAACAAAAGUGCUUUGUCGAGUGCGGCUCGAAUUGCACGGAAAUGGUGCAUAAGAGCCUUCCGUGUGGCCACAAGGCUAUGAUGCAAUGCCACAUUGAGGAGGAGCAAUUCUUUUGCUUGGAGAUUGUGGACAAGAAGUUCCCUGGAUGCAAUCAUGAGGCUAAGGUCUCAUGUUCUUGCAAAAGUUGUCCUCUGCUGUGUGAUCUGCAGGCGCCAUGUGGUCACAGCUGCACUUUGCAGUGUCACACUGACACUAAUCCUGAUCACCUUGAAUACAAGUGUACCAAAUUGUGUACAAAGAUUAAUAAGGACUGCAGGUCAAAUCAUCCUUGCAAUAAGAAUUGCUGGGAGGAAUGCGACUCUUGCAAGACCAUGGUGAAAGCUAGGAGAAGCUGCGGCCAUUCUUUGGACUUGGAAUGCCACAUUGACCCUGAUAGUACAGAGUGUAUUGGCAAUUGUCGCAAAAUACUGAGCUGUGGUCAUCAUUGCUUGAGGAAGUGCAAUGUGGAGUGUGACCCGUGCAUGCAGCCGGUAGAGAAGGUGAUUCCCGAGUGUGGUCACUCAGCGAAGGUACAUUGUGGCAGGGAAACUACAAAAGAUGAUUGUACGGAGCAGUGUGAUAAGAUACUGCCCUGUGGACAUGUUUGCAAAGCAAAGUGUGUUGAAGAAUGCACAACUGAUUGUAUGGAGUUUGUGGAACAGCAAAUUGGAGAUUGUGGACAUGAGAUUAAAAGGCUAUGUCUGGAAAAAACCAAAGGUUUGAAGGCAAAUGUAUUGAGAUGCAGCGUCAAGUGUAAUGCUGUGCUGGAAUGUGGUCAUGAGUGUGGUGGAACCUGCAAGACGUGCCACCAAGGAAGAUUCCAUGUUCCUUGCAAGCAGAAGUGUUCCAAAGAGUUAAUAUGUGGCCAUAUGUGCCCUGCUAAGUGUAGUGAACCAUGUCCGCCAUGCAAACAGAAAAAUAGCAUUGCCUGUGAUCAUGAUGAAGUACACGAAUCGUCUUGUGGCAUGCCAAGGAAAAUCUGCAAGGCAAAAUGCAAUGCGAAAUGCAAACAUGGGAAAUGCACUCGUCAGUGUGGCAUGUACUGCAACUAUACAAGAUGUGAGGAAAAGUGUCCCAAUACGCUGAAAUGCGGGCAUCGGUGUGCUGGUUUCUGUGGAAGCCCUUGCCCUAGCCUUUGUUGGGAAUGUGAUAGAGAAGAAUUGCUGCAGUGUUCAUUUCCAUUUGGUACCGAAAGUCUUGAAGACCCAAGGUUUGUCCUGCUGCCUGACUGCCAACAUACAGUCGAGGCAGGAGCUCUCAAAUUGUGGUUCAAGAGGCAAUCAUCAAGAGUAGAAAUCAAAAGUUGUCCUCUGUGCAAGGUAAAGAUUUCGGCGAGACUUUUAAGUUACAAGAAAGAAAUUUGGGAACCAUUUGAUGACUUCAGCCGGAUUUAUGAUAAAAUUCGGUCACACAGUAAUUCAUUGGCCGACCAAGGAACAUACAAAGCGUAUAGCAUUGCGGAAUCCUGUAAAAAAGUUGGAAUUAAGUCAUUGGCCAAAUUUGGGGAGCAAAUGAAAUCAAAUUUGAAAAUCUUGGAAGGAAACCCCCCAGAUUUGAAGGAUGGGAAAAAACAAAGGCAUGGCCCAAGUAUUGUUUUCAUCAAUGAAUUGCCUUUGAUGAAGAUGAAAAUGAAAAUCGUAAAAGUAAUGCUAGAAAUCCUGAAGCCACCAGCUAAGCCCACUGCGAAGCUUUUCAACGUCAAUGAUGUGAAGGCUGAAGUUGACUUUAUUGUUAGCAUGCUUGAAAAGUACAAAACAAUGUCAACUCAGCAUACUGAAGAUUUGAAAAACCUUCUUUGCGAUUUGAAAAAUAAAGUUCAACCAGGACAGCCAGCAGAGGGGGUCGAGCUUCCCGAGAUAAAUCUCUUGCGCCUAAGGUCUCUUUGGAGGAAGUGCUUGAAGUGUAGUAACUUGGCAUAUAGCUCAAAUCAGGAUGGCACAAUGGAAUGCAGCUCUUGCAAAAAAUCUAGAGAGAGGAACAACCUAUUUGAUCGAGAUCGAUUACUUGAUCUUAAAAAUUUGCCCUUGUAGUUAGAGCAGUAGGUGUUUUAACAGCUUUAUCAUCUUAUCAGUGUUCAUGCAACUUGGAUGUGAACUUCAUAUUAUAUGUGGUUUGAAAAAUGUCGUUUUUGAUUAUGAAUUUUCAUAUAUUUCAAAUUUUUUGUAUAUAAUUGACUGAGAAGAACAAAUAAAAACUACAUAUAUAACUGCUAUAUAAAUUUUCAAUUUGUUUCUUGCAUUUAAUUGAAUAUGAAUAAUCACUUGUCAAACAUCUGCUAGUUGUAAACCCUUUCUUCUCUUUUCUCCAAUAAAAAAUUUCUUGUAUAGGCCGAGAAGAAUAAAUAAAAAUAAUAACAAUA